AUGGAAACUUCUAGAGGAAAACCAAUAUUUGAACAUCAAGGUUAUAUAUAUAUUGUUAAUAAAAAAUCAAAUAACAACAAGAUAAUAUGGUGCUGUCGUAAUUAUCGUCAUAAUCAAUGUCACGGUCGACUUCAUACAAUUGAUGGUCAAGUUGUACUUGCAGUUGGUGAACAUAACCAUGAACCAUCUCAUUUAGUAGGUGACGUAAUUGCAUCACGUACAAAAAUGAUUGAUGCAGCUAAACAAACUGGUCAUUCAACGCAUGAUAUUGUGGCUGAUUGUGUAUCAAGAUUAUCUGAUCAUGCAAUUUCAACACUACCAAAUUUACAGCACAUUAAACGUAUUGUCCAACGAAUUCGUCAAAGACAUCAAAAUCCAUUAUCAUUACCAACAAAUCAUGAUUCACUUCUUAUUGAUACACAAUACAUAAAAACAGCUCGUGGUCGAACAUUUUUACAAUUCGAUUCUGGUUUAAAGAAAGAACAAUGUUAUGUUGAUGCUCAAAUUAUUCAAGCGGAAGCUGGUGUUAGACAAGCACGAAGACGUGAACAGAUUCGUCGAGAAACACGUAUUUUGAACCUAUUAAAUGAACCAACAACAACAAACUUUGAAAAAGUAAUGGCUCCAGCUCAAAAUAUUACAUUAAAAGAUUCUUAA